UUAAAGAAAUGAAAAAACGAAAAUGUGUGGGUUCGAAAUAAAGAAAAUUGCAAAUAAGAUGGAGUUUUUUUCGUGACGAACAAAAUUUUUGAUUAACUCGAACAGUUAACGAAAUUGGAUAAAAUGCAAAAGGACGGAACGAAUCAAUCGCCGGAAAUCCACCAAUACGUCGGACCUUAUAGGUUAGAAAAAACCUUGGGGAAAGGACAAACAGGUCUCGUUAAAUUGGGGGUUCAUUGUGUAACGGGAAAAAAGGUCGCCAUAAAGAUCAUAAAUAGGGAGAAAUUAAGCGAAAGUGUCUUAAUGAAAGUUGAGCGAGAAAUAGCGAUUAUGAAACUCAUCGAUCAUCCCCACGUUUUAGGACUGAGCGAUGUUUACGAAAACAAAAAAUAUCUUUAUUUAGUCCUCGAGCACGUUUCCGGGGGAGAACUUUUCGACUACUUGGUGAAAAAAGGCAGAUUAACCCCGAAAGAAGCCCGAAGAUUUUUCCGCCAGAUCAUUUCAGCUUUAGAUUUUUGCCACAGCCACUCAAUAUGCCAUCGCGAUUUGAAACCGGAAAACCUCCUUUUGGACGAAAAGAACAACAUAAAAGUGGCCGAUUUCGGAAUGGCCUCGCUCCAACCGAUCGGAUCGAUGUUAGAAACUAGUUGUGGGUCGCCACAUUAUGCUUGUCCGGAAGUUAUUCGGGGUGAAAAAUAUGAUGGGAGAAAAGCGGAUGUUUGGUCUUGUGGUGUUAUUUUGUACGCUUUGUUAGUUGGGGCGCUUCCUUUCGACGACGAUAAUUUAAGGCAACUCUUAGAGAAGGUUAAAAGAGGCGUUUUUCACAUCCCUCAUUUCGUCCCACCGGAUUGUCAAAGUUUAUUACGCGGGAUGAUCGAAGUUAACCCCGAAAAGAGAUUAACCCUCUCCGAUAUUAACAAACACCCUUGGGUGACAGCCGGUGGAAAAGGAGAAUUAGAACUCGAACUCCCCAUGAUGGAAGUCGUCCAAACCCACGUUUUACCAUCGAUAGACGCCGUCGAUCCCGAUGUAUUACAAGCAAUUUGCAGUUUGGGGUGUUUCAAAGAACGCGAGAAGCUAAUCCAACACCUGUUAAGCCCGAACCACAACACGGAAAAAGUCAUUUACUUCCUAUUAUUGGACCGGAAACGUCGACGGCCGGCUUACGAAGACGAAUCCGAUUCGUUAUUACGAAUAAGAACCGAUGUCAACGAUCCCCCCCGGAAACGCAUCGAUACUUGUCGGGUCAACGGGCAAAAUACUUUACAAUUUGGGCAAAUCAGCGAAGGAUCUCCUUUAACACCGAGAAGAUCGCAUUACAAGAGACCUCACGCAAGAAGAAGCCCAUCGACCGGAAGCACCCACAGCACUCUUAGCGUACACUCACCGACGCGAUCUUCGGGCGCUUCGAGCCCGAUUUUGUUCAAUAAUACAUCAGGGACGUUGUCGUCUCCGGUAAACACCGCAAGAUCGCACCACGGUAGCUCGGCCACUCAUAGAAGCUCCACUCACGUCUCAUCAAACACCCAUGUGACUGUUACGCCACCACCCGCCACACCAACGCAUCAUCGCGCUAACAGUAAUGGGGGUGGGACAACCGGAAGUUCUCUUUUAGCCACUUUAACAUCGCCCGAAAACGAUUCUAGUCAAUUGGUUACAGGUCCUCAAAUUUUAACUCCAAUGACCCCACCCGGAUCGCCACACUCAAGCACCACCAGCCAUCAUUGGCGUUCGCGAUUAACGACGAUUAAAAACAGUUUUCUCGGAUCACCGAGAUUUCAUCGAAGAAAAAUGCAAACAUCUUCAGAAGAAGUCCAUUUAACUCCGGAAUCUUCUCCGGAAUUAACCAAAAAAUCUUGGUUCGGAAGUUUAAUGACGACGGAAAAAGACGAAACAUUCACCAUCUUAGUCAAAGGAAAACCAUUAGCGACCGUUAAAGCCGAUUUAAUCCACGCCUUUUUAUCAAUCGCCGAAUUGAGCCACUCAGUUUCAAGCCCGAUGAGUUUCCGAGUCGAGUACAAACGCGGCACAACAGGACCUGCAAUGUUUCAAAGACACGUUAGAUUCCAAGUUGAUGUUUCAACGAUUACGAAUAAAUCCACCGAAAAUAAGGACCCGUUAUACGCGAUUACUUUCACUUUGUUAUCGGGGAAUAUUCGUCGAUUUAGGCGCGUUUGCGAGCACAUUCAAGCGCAGGUUUGCACGAGGCGACCUCCUCCGAGUCCUCGAGCCCAAAGAAAAUUUACAACCGAGUUGAGCGAAAGUUCUAGUUGCGGCUCGGAUUCGAGCGAAUUGUAUUUGAACACUCGACAGCUAAACGUUUUGCAAUUGGAAAAUAGCGAUUUGGAGAGUGAGUGUUCCGUUUUCGACGUGAGAACGGCGACGCGGGAGGUUAGCCGCCGCGCGAGUACGAAUAACAACACCGAGACGAUCGAGGUGGCGCCAUCUAGCGCCAAGGCGGUUCGUUCGAGCUCCGAGAAUACAGAUUCCUGCGAGAAAACGUGUAUUACUACGAUGUCGGGUAGUUCUAUUGCGUAAUAUCGCCGUGAUGUCGAGGUGAUUAUUUCGUUUUGAUUUUCUUUUUGUUUUUAGGGUAAUUUAAAUUUUUGAAAAGUAUAUUGGGAAAUUAUGUAAAUAUUCCGCCAAUUAUAUAACGUAAAAGUA